AUGAGUACUAACGAACAGUUAAUUCGUGUUUUGGAGGAUACAGCGGUAUUAUUGAAGAAAACUGAAACUAAUUUGAAGAAAUGUCCCAAACAACGUUUAACUAAAGGCUACUUAGAAUCUCGAGCACAGUGCAUCGACUCUUAUUGGAAAACGUUUACAUCGGCGCAUAAACAGCUGGUACAGAAUACUACGAUGCAGGAGCGCGGCGAGAUGCAGUAUUUUCUCAAGGAAGAAUAUUAUGUCGUGGAGGAGUUAUACCUAUGUUUACAAGGUGAUAUCAAGGACGCGCUCGCUGCUGCCGCUCCCACAUAUGUUCAUGGAACAAGUUCGCUGGAUAUCACGAUGUUUGAAGCUGUACAACAACAUGUGAAGUUACCUGCAAUUGUUUUACCUGUGUUUUCUAAUAACUAUGAAGAGUGGCCGACGUUUCAUGAUUUGUUUACGUCGUUAGUACAUAACAACACGAGUCUUAGUAAGGUUCAGAAAGUGCACUAUUUAAAGUCAAGUAUCGGCGGUGAAGCCGCUGCAUUAUUGAAGCAUGUUACGAUUACAGAACAAAAUUAUCAGUUAGCCUGGGAGACUUUAAAGCAAAGGUAUGGUAAUAAGAGGUUAAUUGUGAACUCCCUUUUGAAGAGAUUGUUUAAUCAAAGGAAAGGUACUACGCAAACAGCUAGUCAAAUAAAACAUCUACUGGAUACUACCACGCAAUGUUUGAAUGAUUUACAAAAUCUUCAAGUGAAUAUAAACGAGUGGGAUCCGUUCAUAAUAUACCUAGUGGUGAAUCGACUCGACAACGAAACUCAUAAGGGUUGGGUGGAACACGCCUACAGUUUGAAUGCUGAGCAGUUACCCAAGUGGACUGAAUUAAAAAAGUAUCUCGAGUCAAAGUUUCGCACGCUAGAACUGGUUAACCCUGUCACUGCUACCAUACCUCAAGAAGCGAAAACAAUUAAGGAAAAGUCUUACCACGUAUCAACAACAUCGAAGAGCUGUGUUUUAUGUAGGGAUGAACACACUUUAUGUCACUGUCAAGAGUUCACGAAAAUGUCACCUGUGGAGAGAAUUGACUAUGUGAAGAAAACUAAAUUAUGUUUCAACUGCCUCCUGCCUGGACAUUCUGCAUCACGAUGUCGUCUUUCCUUUUCAUGUCGUAUAUGCAAAAAGAGGCAUCACACCAUGAUACACCAAGCGCAGAAUGAGGAGUCAGUGAAAACUCAAGCUCACCACAGUCAGCUUACACACCACGAAGAAGACCCGCAGAAUGAUGAAGAAGUAGAAGUGGUGGAAAUUUCGUGUAACUUUGCCUGCAAGAAAUCCAAAGGCCUGUUAGCAACGGCAAUGAUAUCCAUAAGGGACGACGAAGGUCACGUGACUCCCUUUAGUUGUUUAAUUGAUCCAGGGUCAGAAUCAAGCUUUUUAAGCGAACGCGCAGCACAAGCGCUGCGAGUCAAGAGGUCACCUGUGAGAGGAGUUGUUACCGGUGUCGGCGACCUCCAGGUGAAGAUCAACAGCGUAACACAUGUUCAAGUAUUAUCAAAUCAAGAUGACAGUUUCCAGCUAGAUGUCAAAGCUUAUAUAAUGCCCUCAAAGCUCACAUCACAACUACCAUCAAGGAAGAUAAAGUAUGACCCACAAGCCUGGUCACACAUACAAGGACUCACUCUGGCUGAUCCUAAGUUCCACCAGCCAGGGCGAGUAGACAUGUUACUUGGUGUAAAAGUGUAUGCACAAAUACUAGAAGGCAAAGUUAAAAAAGGUCCACCUGGCACUCCAUGCGCCCAAGAAACUAGCCUAGGUUGGAUAAUAUUCGGAGACGUAGAAGGCACAGCAGACGCUUUACAAGAAAACAUAGUUGUGAUGCAUCAUCAGGUCGACGUGGACGACAUGUUAAAGGCAUUUUGGGAGAUAGAUACUACAGAUACAAAGAAGAGUCACACGAGAGAAGAAGCAAGGUGUGAAAUGAUUUACAAGGAAACGCAUACAAGAAACGAAGAAGGAAGAUACAUAGUAACGUUACCAUUCAAAAAAGAAGAACCACUAUCUCCAAAAGGACAAACAAGAGACAUCGCCAUGCUGAAACUGAAACAACAAGAAAAAAUAUUCAAAAGGGAUCCAAAUCUAGAGAAUGAGUAUGUUAAAACUAUAGAAGAAUACAUGAAUCUAAACCACAUUAAAGAAGUUCCUGAAGAAGAAGUUAACAAUGAGGAAGUAUAUAUACCCUAUCACGCUGUGAUUAAGGAAGAAAAGGAAACAACAAAGACAAGCGAUUCUGAUAAGCAAUAUCGAUUGCUUCGUGUAACUUUUGGCACUACUUCUGCGCCUAAUCUUGCUAUCAAGACACUCCAUCAAGUACCAGAAGAUGAAGGCAAGGAGUACCCGCUUGCAUCAAAAACCAUAAGGGAAGAUUUUUUCAUGGACGACCUGAUGACCGGGCCACACACAGCGCAAGAGGCUGUAGAUGUUGCUAAGCAGAUCACUGAAAUUUGGAGGAAGGAAGGGUUUGUACUCCAAAAAUGGGCUUCCAAUAGCACUGACUUCCUUAAAGAAUUUGAACUUACCAGUACGAUGUACGCGUGGACAGAAUCUACAAUGGUGUUGUCCUGGCUGCAUGGAAAUCCCGCAAAAUGGCAAACAUUCGUAAGAAAUAGAGUUGUGACUAUACAAGAGACUCUUCCAAACCAAUGGUAUUAA